UGGAGCAUGAUUAGGAUAUACGCCUUAGGCUUCAUUAUCUUCCUUAUCGCUUCCAGUUCCCCUCCUCUGUUCCUCUCUUGAAGCUCGCGCCCCUCUUCACGAGCCCUUCCUAUUUAUCACUCUUCUUCUCUGCUAUUUCCCUAAUAAAAAAUUCAAAUCUAAGCCCAAAAAAGUGCUGCAAAAAACCAAGCAAAACCCCCAUGACUUUCGAGUUUCAACUCACCCACUUGUAGUGAUCCAUGUUUCUUGAAACAAUUGCCCACCCCAAAAUAAAAUAAAAAUCCAUUCUUGCUAACAAGAACCCGUUUUUCGAAAUGAAAAGAGAUCGUGAUCGUGGGAAGGCGGAGGCGGCGGUGAGUGGAGGCGCCACCUCGGUUGGGAAGGCGAAGAUGUUGGCGGAGCAGCAGCAGCAGCCGGACGCUGGUAUGGAUGAGCUAUUUGCUGUUUUGGGAUAUAAGGUGAAGUCCUCGGAUAUGGCGGAUGUUGCUGAGAAGCUUGAGCAAUUGGAGAUGGCGAUGGGCACUACGAUGGAAGAUGGGGUUUCUGUUCUCUCUACUGAUACUGUCCAUUACAACCCGUCUGAUCUUUCUGGGUGGGUGGAGAGCAUGUUGUCGGAGCUCAGCAACUCUUGUAGCUUCGAGGGUAUGAUUCCCAGCCAAAUCGGGAUUUCAGGUGAGUCUUCUUGCAGUAGACCGGGACAGCAAGACGGAGGUAAAAUAAUCUAUGAUGAUGAUUUGAGGGCGAUUCCCGGUGGAGCUAUUUUCAGUAACAACCUGAAAGAUGUGGUUGGUGAUUCUGAAAAUGGUAAUAAGAGGAUGAGAGCUUCUGCUGGAUCUGAGUUUCUUGAAAAUGGUUCUCCAAUGGCGAUGGCUGCGGAGGCGGCGCGGCCGGUGGUGCUGGUGGAUUCUCAGGAGACGGGAGUGAGACUCGUCCACACGCUGAUAGCCUGCGCGCUGGCGGAUGCUCUGGUGAAGCACGUCGGGUUAUUGGCAGUUUCACAAGUCGGGGCCAUGAGGAAAGUCGCCACCUACUUCGCGGAGGCGCUGGCCCGAAAAAUUUACAAGAUUUACCCGCAGGAUUCGCUUGAAUCUUCGUAUUCGGAUGUGCUGCAGAUGCAUUUCUACGAGACGGCCCCGUAUUUGAAGUUUGCGCAUUUCACAGCGAAUCAGGCGAUUCUGGAGGCGUUUGCUGGAGCGACUAGAGUUCAUGUGAUUGAUUUCAGCUUGAAGCAGGGGAUGCAAUGGCCUGCUCUGAUGCAGGCUCUCGCUUUGCGGGCCGGAGGGCCGCCGGCGUUUAGGCUUACUGGGAUUGGGCCGCCGCAGCCCGACAACACCGACGCUUUGCAGGAGGUGGGAUGGAAAUUAGCCCAACUGGCAGAGACAAUUGGCGUCGAAUUCGAGUUCCGUGGCUUUGUUGCGAAUUCCUUGGCUGAUCUUGAUGCCAAUAUGCUGGACAUUAGGCCUAGCAACGUGGAGACCGUCGCCGUGAACUCUGUGUUCGAGCUGCACCGUUUAUUGGCCCGGCCCGGCGCCAUCAACAAAGUGCUAAAUUCGAUCAAAGCCAUGAACCCCAAAAUCGUGACGGUCGUGGAGCAGGAGGCGAAUCACAACGGCGACGUUUUCUUGGACAGGUUCAACGAAGCCCUUCACUAUUACUCCACAAUGUUCGACUCCCUGGAGAGCUCCGGCCUAACUCCGGCCAACAGCCACGAUCUAGUGAUGACAGAGGUAUAUUUAGGGCGGCAGAUAUGCGACGUAGUGGCCUACGACGGCCCAGAGCGGGUGGAGCGGCACGAGACACUAGCCCAGUGGCGGAGCCGGAUGCACUCCGCCGGGUUCGACCCCGUCCAUCUGGGCUCCAACGCAUUCAAGCAAGCCAGCAUGCUGCUGGCCCUCUUCGCCGGCGGAGACGGGUACAGGGUGGAGGAAAACGACGGGUGUCUGAUGCUUGGCUGGCACACUCGGCCGCUAAUCACCACCUCGGCAUGGCGGCUCGCGGCGGCGGAUUAGCGGUGAGUCGAACCAGGCGAGUCAACAGGGUUGUGAAAGUGAGUUGUGGGCCAAGAACUCGAAACACUGCCACCGCACAAAGUGGUGUAAGCUGAGCUGUUUGAGAGGAGAGACCUAAAAUUGAGUCAAAUCCUGUCUCUCUCUCUCUCUCUCUCCUUUUUUUUUAUUUUUUUAUUUUUACUUUUUUACUUCUCUAAAUCUUUUUCUUUUUUUUUUUUCAAUAAUUUAAUUUUACUUGGUACAUCUGUUUUUGAGGUUGUGAAGAAACUAUUUUACUGUUUCUGCCUUUCUUGGUUUUAUGUACUUUGCCCUAAUUGUCUGCCUUUUUUGCCUCUUCUGUGUAAAAGACUAAAAGAGUGGCAAUAACUCAGUACCCCAUGUGAAGAAUCUUUUACUUAACUUCAAUAUAAAGGAUCACUUGGCUUAUUUUCGUA